GUCUCUCUUUGUAAGCCCAGGCCCGUUAAUCCCUCGGACAUAACUCCACUCAACAUCAGAAAAUCUCAGACAACCUAAGAAUUCCAAUCUCUGCUGCUGACCGAAAUCCCCAUUUUCAAGGUUUCAUGUCUUAGAAGGAACAAAUAAAUGGGAGAGAAAGUUGGUGUGUUAAAAGUGACAGUAGUCCAAGGAAAGCAGCUAGUUAUUCGAGAUUUCAGAACCAGCGAUCCUUAUGUUGUACUCAAGCUGGGUAAUCAGGUUGUUAAGACCAAGGUUAUCAACAGUUGCCUUAAUCCCGUUUGGAACGAGGAGCUGAGCUUGAAUGUUACUCAGUCGCCUGGUGUUCUCAACAUAGAGGUGUUUGACAAAGAUCGGUUCAAAUCAGAUGACAAAAUGGGAACUGCACACCUAAACCUUCAACAGAUCGCAGCCGCAGCAAGGCUGAAACAAGUAAUAAAGGCUGGCCCAGGUGAGUCGACUAAGAUAAGGACAAUACUCCCUGAUAGUGAUAACUGUCUAGUUAGAGAGAGCUAUGUAAGUUGUGUAAAUGGGGAGAUUGUGCAGGAUGUCUGGUUGAGACUUUGUGGUGUAGAAUCUGGGGAACUUGAGCUGAAGCUUAAGUGGGUUGAAGACCAACUUCCAACUACUCCUGUCCCUUCUUAAUGAAAAGAAUCACACUGGGGAUGUUGAUGGUUCCUAAACUACUAGUUAGAGUUGUGUACUUGGUUGAUUACUAACUACUCCAGCUUAACUUGGGUUUAACGGGAGAGUUUAUGGUUAAACAUAUGAGUAGGAAUCAAGUUGUGUUUGUGAAUUGGUGCCUCCAUUGUUAACCACUAGUUGUGUGUAUGUGCUUAUGUAUUCUGUAAAGAACAAUUCGAUAUAACCAUUAUGGUUUUCGACUCAUGCUUUCAGAAGCACUGUUUUCUUUUGUCGUGAUGUAUUUUGCCAGUUUAUGCAUUUGAAAAAUUGCUGCUGUGAGUGCCCUUUCAGUCACCGUUAUGACCUGAUCUUCUCAUUUUCUUUCUAGUUAGAAAGAAAUUGGGUUUCAGAUGACUGAGAAUUCACCAUUCGCGGUUGAUAUGAGAUUGUAAAAGUAACACUUGCUUCCUUGUAAUGGUUAGUUGUAUUGUUCAGAUUUUGUAA